AUGCAUCAAAUAGGGAUCAAAACCCCUAGGAAAUUCCCAGUAACCCCUGCUCACGUCGCUAUUGCCACCACGUCCAAACCGUCGAAACGACGCGGCACGCUCGUUUUGAAGGAGGUCCGUAAACUACAGAGUUCCACCGACUUUUGUAUUCCCCGGAUGACCUUCCAGCGCCUGGUGCGAGAGAUAGCACAAGAGUUCAAACUGGACCUCCGUUUCCAAUCGACCGCUCUACAGGCGCUCCAGGAAGCCGCCGAAGAACAUCUUGUCAGUCUGUUUCAAGACACGGUUCGGUGCGCUGCCCACGCCAAACGGUGCACCAUUCGUCCAGUGGAUAUGGCGUUGACGCGCCAAAUCCGACACCAAACUUGA